AUGGAGACAUCAGAAAACUCAGUCAAACCUGUCCAAGGGGAUGAGAUUCGCUACCUCACACUAGAGGCUUCUACUAAGAAGCAAGGAGACAAUGGGGUGCGUCUGCUGGGCUCUGCAAUUAGUAGGGAUGUCAACGAAACUGUUCUGUCUGAAAAUUUAUCUGUUUUUUGCCUAGAUGGUAAACCUAUGUUACGCCAGGGUGACACAGGAGACUGGAUUGGAACAUUUCUAGGUCAUAAAGGUGCUGUCUGGGGUGCCACUCUGAAUAAGGAUGCCACUAAAGCAGCUACAGCAGCUGCAGAUUUUACAGCCAAAGUUUGGGAUGCUGUUUCAGGGGAUGAACUGAUCACAUUGGCUCACAAACAUAUUGUAAAAAGUGUGGAUUUUACAGAGGACAGUAAUUACCUACUGACAGGUGGACAAGAUAAGCUGUUGCGUAUUUAUGACUUGAGCAAGCCAGAAGCAGAACCUCAGAUGAUCAGUGGACAUACUUCUGGUAUUAAAAAAGCUUUAUGGAGCAGUGAUGACAAACAGAUCCUUUCAGCUGAUGAUAAAACUGUCCGCCUCUGGGACCGGACCACUGCAACUGAAAUAAAGGCAAUAAAUGUUGCAAUGUCUGUGAGCAGCAUGGAGUAUGUUCCUGAGGGGGAGAUACUGGUGAUAACCUAUGGGAGGACUAUUGCUUUUCAUAGUGCAGACACUCUGGAGCAGAUUAAAUCAUUUGAAGCUCCUGCUACAGUCAACUCUGCAUCCCUUCACCCUGAGAAAGAAUGUCUUGUAGCUGGUGGUGAAGACUUUAAACUUUAUAAGUAUGAUUAUAAUACAGGAGAAGAGCUAGAAUCUUGCAAAGGGCACUUUGGUCCCAUUCACUGUGUGAGAUUUAGUCCAGAUGGAGAGUUGUAUGCUAGUGGCUCCGAGGAUGGAACGUUAAGACUGUGGCAGACAACAGUAGGAAAAACAUACGGUCUUUGGAAAUGUGUAAUUCCUGAAGAGGAAGGUGGAGAGCUGGCAAAACCAAGGGUCAGUCUUCCAGGAACUGCAGAAGAGGAACUAGAAGACCUUGCUUCUGAAAAUUCAGAUUCCAUCUACAGCUCAACUCCUGAAGUUAAGGCUUGACCAUCACAGCUGUUACUCCACAAAUGGACAUACAGACUAAACCAAGCAAACAGUGAUAAGCAGCAGCCUUCCAGAGUACGCUCUCUACAUAAGGCAAAGAUGGGCAGUAAUUGAUGAGAAUGCGUUGGAGCUGGCUAGGUGGUAUCCAUAAAAGAACUGAGUAUUGAAAAAGACAAGUAGUAGAGUUCUGCUAUAUUUCAGCGUAGCCGCCUACUGUCUUUUUGAAUGAAGUGUGCAAGCCAAGAUCCAGUCUUUCCAAUUUCAAUUAGACUUAAUUGUAGUGUCUUUAUUAUGGAGGAAAUAUGUAAUGGCUUUUACCAAUAUUUGUUCUGAAAGUUGGAAAAUUUGGCAUCCUAUCUAAAGAAGGGAUUAUGUGCUAAAGUAUUUGGUUCAGAUUUUCUGUUUCAUUGUACACUGCUUCUGAACAUGUUUUCAGUUGUCUAAAUAAAAUGCCUUGACAACAGACUCCUAUUUUAAUGUUAAUAUUGGGUUCGUGGAAUAGAAAAGGAAUACUUAUAGCCUAAUUCUUACUAGUAUCCAUUUAUUUUUUAGUAUUUUACAAAGAGGGGAAAAAACAUUUUUUUUCAUAUUAAAGUCUCUGAAAUAGUGGUUGACAGGUACCCUGCUUCACAAAUCUUGUAUCUUUUAUUCUUUAUACUUUGUUAAAGUGAAUCUUGAAAAUAUCACUUUUUUGGAACACCUGAAAUAUAUACUCCAGAAAUGGUUUCAGAAACUGACCGUAUUCCUCUAGAGUGGAUAUAUACAGAGCAUGCAUUUAGUCAUCCAAACUGGUUUAAAAAGUAGUGGUUUUUCCUUCAAUAUAAACUAUAUUUUUCUUCAUUAAAGCAACGUUAUGGCCAUA